AUGGCCAAAAGCCCACCGGCCUCUGGGCCCAGACCGCAGAGACGGCAAAACCCAUACCUGUUGCUUUACAACUCGACCUCUUUGCUUCUCUGGUCCUACAUCCUGGUCACGGCGAUCACGACCUACUUCUCUGCGGGCAAUGCCGCGGUCUGGAAGCGCCUGCAUCUGACCGUGCGAUGGACCGAGACUCUGGCGGCACUCGAGGUGGUGCACGCCCUCGUCGGCCUCGUGCGGGCCUCGCCCCUCACGACGGCGGUGCAGGUCGCUGGCCGCAAUACCCUCGUCUGGGCCAUCUGCCGCAACUACCCGGACGUCGCGGCCGCCCACUGGGCGUACACAUCCAUGGUCGUUGCUUGGGCGGUCGCUGAUGUGGUGCGCUUUGCGUACUUUGCCCUGGAUGGGGUUUUUGGUCAGGUGCCUGGGUGGUUGGUCUGGUUGAGGUAUAACAUGUUCAUUGUUCUGUACCCGCCUGGGAUAUUGUCGGAAGCCUGGCUGUGCUACAAGAUCAUCGAGCCAUCCAGGGCUAGGAACCCUAUGUAUCAGUACCUUCUCUGGGUUGGCAUCACAUUCUAUAUCCCUGCGUCAUACGUUCUUUUCGGUCACAUGUUCUCCCAGAGACGCAAGAUGGCGCAGAGAAAUGCUGUCACUGCAAAGACGCAGGGCAAGCAACAAUGA